UUUCCAGUCGGAUGCUGAUAGAUAAGUAUGAGACCCCCUGCAAGAAUGCGAUCACAUUGGAAAAAAACAAGUCACCGUGUCAUUCCCUCCGCCGAGUCGCACACUCUCCAGAAUGCAGCAGCUCAUCGUGCCCGCUCUGCUGGCAUCACUGUGGACCCUCUGCACGGGAGCCGGAGAUUGGUGCUAUCAGUCCCAGUUCAGCUGUGAUCAUCAGUGCAAUGCCCCAGAAAAGUGGGACCACGCAAAUAGCAAAUGCGGAGGAAGAAACCAGUCACCCAUCAAUGUCGUCACCAGAAAGACUGUGAAAGACGAGCGACUGAAGGACUUCAAGUUCGAAAACUACCAGGAGAGCUUCAGAGGCACGAUCAAGAACAACGGACACUCUGUUCAAGUUGGAGUUCCUCACGUGAGCACCGUCUCAGGCGGAGGUCUGCCCACCACCUACAAGGCGGUGCAGUUCCACCUGCACUGGGGCAAAAAUGGAGGACCUGGCUCUGAGCACACCAUCGAUGGGGAGCAGUAUCCCAUGGAGCUGCACAUUGUCCACAUGAAGCACCAGUACACUGACCUGACCACGGCGCUAUUAGACUCCGAGGGAGUUGCAGUGCUUGGGUUUUUCUACGAGGCAUCAAACAGUGGAAACAAGAAGUAUGACCCGAUCGUCAACGCUCUGAAAAGCAUCCAAGACACGAACGGCAACACGUCUCUACUUCCCAUCUCUCUGGCUCAAAUAAUCCCACCCGAGCAGAAUCUGACCUCCUUUUACCGCUACAAGGGCUCUCUGACCACCCCGGGGUGCACCGAGUCCGUGAUCUGGACUCUGUUUGAGAAUCCCAUCCCUCUGAGCAUGGAUCAGCUGCGGGCGUUCUCCGAGCUCAAGUUCAAAGAUGGGAAAUCGAUGGUGGGGACCUUCAGACCCGUGCAGCCACUGAACGGCAGGCAGGUGUACCGGUCCGGCGGCGCAGCCAUCCUCGCCAGCUCCACCCUCCUCAUGGUCGCCAUCGCCUCUGUCUUGGGUCUGUCCGAACCCAACUAGAGCGAGGCAUCCCAUGAUGCACUGCGACAUCCAUGAACACAAUAAGCUCUGAAUCAUUUCUAAAGUGAACUCCUGUUUGUAAAGUCUCCAUCGCAUGGUCGCUAAGAUGACGGACCACGUCGUAGUGCAGAAAUCACUCACCUGGUCUUCCUCCCUCACAACACCAAUGACAAAGGCAUUCUGGGAAUGCUUUAUGAAAGGUGCUGUCAGGGUUCGAUCAGCGUUCAUGCAUGCAUAGUAAAGCAGUAGAUCUUUUUUCAGCGUUAUGAAUGUGCCAUAAAGAAGGUUACAUAGCACUAAAAGUCAUAUCUUAAUUCAAACUCCAUGUCCGAUCCCUGAGUCGUACCUAAACAGCAUCAUCCUGCAAACACAAGCACACAAACACGCCCGCAUACCCUUUAGACGUCACCCGCCUCUUCCAAUGUCAGGUAAAUUUAGUCUCUGCUAAUGUCUCUGAUGGUUUGCGCUCUAAGGGGCAGACGUUAGCCCCCUGACCCGGCACGUGACGCGUGGUUCUCAGUGGGGCCUGUGAACAACACAGAGCUAUUUAUAGCAGGACUGAGUCACAAAAACAAGCUCCAUUUCAAAGCCAGCGGUCAAAGGAGUCAGCAGUUUGGCUUUUCUGUCCCGGUCCAGGAGAACAGAGCGCAGCCGUCAGGGAGGGAACCUGCACAGCCACUCAGUCAGCAGUUGGUGGGGCAGGAGGGAGGGCGGUUAGGUGGGUGAGGGGUUUUGCAUUCUUAGAGCAGCGCUGUCUGUUUGCUUCUACAAUCAGAGGCCACUGACACCUGAGUCCAGGAUGAGGAGGCAGAGAUGCUAGUGCUCACAGUGACAAAGCAUUUUGGCAGCCUGAUGUCAGAUGGAGGAGGGAUCUGAUAGACUGUAUAAAGAAGUGAAUGUAGCUACUAUGACGUCACACAUUCAUUUAAGAACCCGCUCUGAGCCUUUUGGCCGUCGCCAUGUUGUUUUCAGAAGCAUCCACAUUUGGACACAAAGGGCGGAUAACCAUUGUUACGGCUUGAUAAUCCCAGGUAGCCUCAACCAAACAAACCCCAAAGCGGUGCACGUGACCCCUACGGGGGACCGGAGUUAUGAUGGGUCCCCCCAGAGCUUAAAACAAUGCACCCGGUCUGUCACUGAUAGCAAAGCAUGGCAAAUUUUGUGAAAGGACUUCCAUGUAACUGCCAAUCUCCACAUAGUCUGUACACGCCAAGGUUCGUCAGCACAGCACACCUGUUCUCUCCCGCUCUAGUCAAUGAUUGUCUUUCCACAUCACGCACGCGGUCUUUCUCUGGAGCGUGCCAGCAGCACAAGUACACUCUGCUCUGUUUCAAAUACGCACCAAAUCUUUUUGCGACGGAGCACGCUGCAAGCACGUGUCAAGCAGGACAGAGUAGAUCUGACAGGAAGUCAGACAACACACAGAGAGUCUAGUCAAUUUCAAAAUAAAACAAAAUCAACGGACUCCUGAUCGUGUUUUUCAUCACUUUAUCAACAUGGCGGCGAAUGAAAAACAAAGACAAAGCAACAUGUUGUUUGCACGCUUUUCUUUUUAUUCCCGUGUGAUCUUGAAGUUCUCCUGUGAUGUGUGUACAGCUGAUCAUGGCUUAGCUUACGCUUCAGAAACAGGCCGAGUCGGGCAGGGUGCACGUUGGCAGACGGAGCAAAACCGUGGCACUGACGAAACGCAGUGCAAGUACUAAUGCGGAAAUGGGGGAAGUGGGUCAGGCUGACAAUGAAUCUACAUCUCACGUUUGCAGUAUCACUUUUAAUUGCUUCCUCUUUUGAAUCCUCUAAUGAAAAUAUUCAUCUGCCAAAGGGGGAUCCAGGAGAAAAAGUUCAUGAUAUUUAAUAACGUGCUGUUUUAAAGUUGAGUGAAUAUGCAUGUUUAGAAAAUGUUUACAAAUGAAAUAGAGAAUCAAGGUUAUUUUCUCAUCUGGUGCCAUACAAUCCAACUUCUCUUUGCAGCAGGUGGAGUCGCCCCCUGCUGGUCAUUAGAAAGAUUUAGUGAACUUCUGAAUUGGCUUCACUUCUAAAACUAGAGGCUACAUCCGAUUCUUUUAUACAGUCUACUAGGGAAUAUCUAAAAUCCCCUGCAAACAAAAUGUCAUUAUUCCUGUGCAUCUCAAACACUCGGCAUGAAUCUGCAUGUUUUGAUGUUUCCAGAUGUUAGUAAUGUGAGCUACGUGUGUGACAGCAGGGGUUGAGCUACACACACUAAUUGCCAAAUUCAUUAACGACGCCAUCACUCCAUUUUCCAUUUUUUUUGACCCGUGGCGUUCACUGAGCUUCUGUCUCGGAACAUGUGACUUUGUUCAUGGCUUGUAAAACAGGGUCUCAGAUGCACUGAAUGUUAUCGACUGUGAAUUACUCCCCACCGAGUCCUCGCUCAUUUAUCCAGGAGGACUCGAUAUGUAUUCUAGCGAAGAAAAUGUACUGUGAUGACUGAGCAAGGAAUCUGUGUAUAUUUAAAUUCCAUUGUUUCAUAAUGCAUCAAGUUCUAUUUCUAUGCUGUGUCAUUGUACACAUGUAUUUAUGUACUGAAUGUGUAUAUGAGACACACAGUUAUUGUUAUUUAUGUAAUGCAAAGUUUAUAUAGUAGUGAAUGCAAACCCAUAAAGAUGAAGCAUCAAGUCGUCCAUGACAGAUCGACCUUAUUUACGAUAUGUAAGUGUAUGAGAUUAUAAGGUUGUCAUGCUUGAGAGUGUCAUAAAUUAUAUGGAGAAUGUGUUCCAACAGAACUAAAGAAUAAAAAAACUUACAUGCCUUUUUAA